GGAGAGAGGCGUGCGCACCCGCCACUAUAAAAGCCAACUGAAAGAGGCACAUAGCAUCAUACAACCACGAGACCUCCGCAAGACAACAUGAAAGCGUUCUUGGUUUUAGCAGCCGUUGCGGCUCUCGGCUCGGCUAGGCCCGAGGCAGGGUACAGCUACAACGCGCCCGGCGGAGGAGGUCUAGGAGGUCAUGGUGGCGGCUUGGGAGGACACGGCGGUGGCCUCGGCGGCAUCGGAGGAGGCAUCGGCGGUGGACACGGCGGCUUCUCUUCAGGAGGCGGCUUCUCCUCUGGCGGCCUGAGCUCAAGCAGCUUCGGUAUCGGUGGAGGAAUCGGAGGAGGAUUCUCGUCCGGCGGCGGCUCCGGCUUCGGAGGAGGUUCUGGCUUCGGCGGAGGCGCAGGAUUCGGUGGAGGCGCUGGCUUCGGCGGCGGCGCCGGAUUCGGUGGUGCCCCCAUCGUCCAGAAGCACAUCUACGUCCACGUUCCCCCACCAGAACCUGAAGAACAGCGCCCUCAGAUCAUCGGAGGAGGCGGUGUGCCCCAGAAACACUACAAGAUCAUCUUCAUCAAGGCCCCAGCACCUCCCGCACCCGUCGCGCCCAUCAUCCCCGCCCAGGCCCAAAACGAAGAGAAGACCCUCGUAUACGUGCUGGUCAAGAAGCCCGACGAGCAGCCCGACAUCACCAUCCCCACUGCCGCGCCCACACAGCCCUCAAAACCCGAAGUUUACUUCAUCAAGUACAAGACCCAGAAGGAGGGUGGUGCCAUCGGUGGUGGUGCUAUUGGCGGCGGAUCUAUCGGCGGCGGUAUUGGUGGUGGAAUCGGCGGCGGCGUGCUGUCUGGCGGUAGCAUCGGCGGUGGUAUCGGCGGCGGUCUGCUGUCCGGCGGCGGCCUUGGCGGUGGUCACGGCGGUAUCUCAAGCGGCAUCUCCGGAGGCAGCAUCGGCGGCGGCAUCGGCGGUGGACACGGCGGCUCCGGUGGUCACGGAUCCGGCUCGGGCGUCAGCAGCUCGUACGGCCCGCCCGGACAAUCCGGACCGUACUAGAAGAUGCACGUCGCGUGCUCACUUGUGAUACCUGCUUCGCUGGCGACAAAUUUAGUCUUAAGUAGAUAAAAAAUUACGGUGCCUAAAUGUAUUUAUGUAAAUAGUAA